AUGAAUCGCUUUUUGAAGUCGUGCGCAAUGCUCGCCGUCUCUGCGGGAGGUGUGAAAAUCGCGACCACGGCAGCGGAGGCGGGCAAGACCGUCGAGCGCCUCAACGAAAAGAUCCAAGAAGUGAAUGAUAAUUUGGUCAAGAUUCAAGAAACAAAAUGCAGCCAAGUCGACAGGGCACUGUUUUCAGCCGCUUGUGGAGAUACGAAGCCGACGGAUGACACGAUUACACGUGAAAUUGUAAAUAAUGUAGUCACUUCCCGCGCAGGAGGACAGGCCAAAUUGGAGAACGAGUUUGAUGAAGCCAAUGCCAGCGGCGACGUCAAAAAGCUGGUGGUACACUUGAAAAAAGAUUUGAAAUACAAAAAAUCCCGCAAUAAUGAGGUUGUACACGCGGCCUGCUGCCCCGACUUCUACUACAAUGGUAAUGCUUGUUGCCGCUAGAAACUGCAGCAGCACGACUUUACUAAUUAUGCUGGGAGAACGCAAAAGCUGACAGGAUCAGCACUAACUAUUAUAAUACCAUUUAUUUGCUUCAUCUGCUCCUUCUGGAAACGUUCGCUCAUGGGACAGGAACAUUAAAAGCGAUUAAAGGACCAGCUACGUUUUUGCAGUACACCAACAGCCACAGUUGUUCGUCGUAAUAUAGGACUGGGAAGAUCUUAGACUGACAAGAAGGCUUUCUUUGUCUAUCAAAUUCUAAAGUCUAACACUUCUAGACUGUAGAAUUUUCUAAUAUUCACUUAGUAUCCUUCCACUAUCGUCUAGAAAAGCUGCAUUAGUACUAGCAACAGGAGAUGAUCGAGAUCGUGGCGGGAGUAACCCAUGCACAACUGCUCGUGGUGUACUAACUACACGACUGUCGACAUCACGAGAAGAAGCCCUUCUUAGUCUUAAGUUAUGUAAAGAAACAACUUCAUGUCAGCAUGAUGAUCAUUCAAGACGUUGAAAUAUUAAGAAAAAAGUGUAGGUACGUAGAAGUCGUGGACAUCAGUCAACGUUACCCUACUACCCGAUUUUUCUUGAUGUUAGCUAUAUCAAGAAUUAUAGCAUCACAAGAUGAAACAUCAGCACUAGCUUCGAUAAAGAGAUCCGAUAUUGAUCUAGAUCAAAGUCGUCAAAAUGCAAAUAUGGUGCUAGUUGUACUGCGACUGCUAUCCCUAUGAUCCUAAAAAUCCUAGUAUAAACGAAAAUGAAUCUGAAGACAACUGAUAUUCUCGCUGCAAGAACUACAACGUCACCAGAAGAACUCGAACGCGAUGUAUUGUUCGAAGGCCUUGCUUUAAAUUGACAACAGAACUCUCCAUAUCACACAUUACUAGCAGUGACGAUUGAUCUACA